CUUGCGGAAUGCGGGCGAACAUUUGACGACUCAUCUCCAUUUUUACACGGGAUUCUGCAUCCGAAGGUCAGAAAGCCCGCUGUGAUCCUCAGGCCGAAAAACCGGGAAACUACGUCCGUGCUGAAAGGAAAAUGUUUUCUCGAAACCGGUGAAAAUCUUCGUGCUGCUUUUACGACCCGGGAAUGUUCGUCACUCGAAGGCGUGUUCCUUCAUCACUACUCAAAAUACCUCGCCGCUGAAAAAAAGCGGCACGAUCAUUGUCCUUCAGUGCUGGACACGUGUUCCACCAAAGAUCCCCUCGAAGAUGUCUUGCAAGAAUUUCAAAAGGUCGUUGCGAGUACUCCGGACUUCGACGGAUAUUUCCCUUACCUGGCUGGGAAAAUCAAGAAGCGACUCGGUGAUGAUGACAAUGCUCGAUUGGCAUUUGCGGAAAGCGUCCGCAGGGCGCCGCUCAAUUGGGACGCCUGGGCCGAAUUGGCGGAACUGAUACCGUCGAAAGAUAUUCUGGUUCAAUUGAAACUCCCGAAGCACUGGAUGUAUUACUUUUUUGAAGUCCGUUUGCUCAAGCUGCUGGAGAAGAAUUUCGAGUGCGUGGCUCUGGGGGAGUGUUUAAGUAAACUGGGGUUUGCGAGGAAUCCUUCUCUGAUCUGCGAUCUGGGAAUAGUUUUCCAUAAUAUUUGUGAGGCGGAAAACGCAGUGGAGUUGCUCAUGUGGUUGCGAGAUGCUGAUCCUUACCGAAUCGAUCACAUGGACGUUUUUUCCAAUUUGCUCUACGUCCAGGAAUGUGAUGUCCAGUUGUCGUGUUUGGCCCAGACGUUCUCCAAAGUAGCCAAGUUCAAGACUGAGACUCAGUGUGUUCUCGGUAACCUCAACAGCUUGCGUGGGAAUCAUGAAAAAAGCAUCCUUCAUUUUCAACGAGUACUGAAGAUAAAUCCGUCGCAUAAGUUUGCUUGGACGUUGUUGGGUCAUGAGUUCAUUCAACUCACGGAGCCCUUGAAAGCGAUUCAGUGUUACCGAAAUGCUUUGAAAACCCAUUCAAGGGAUUUCAGGGCGUGGUAUGGGCUAGGUCAAGCUUACGAAGUGCUCAAAAUGCAUUCGUAUUCGUUGUACUAUUAUCAGAAUGCACAACUCAUCCAACCUUAUGAUGUACGUAUGCACUUGGCUAUGGGAAUAGCAUAUGAAGAAAUGGGUCGCUGGUCCAAUGCACGGUAUUGCUAUGAGCGUGCGAGCAAGUUGCAUGACCCAGAAAACAUAGGAUUUUUCCGUCUUGCG